AGUGCCGCGGCCUCGGCCCCUGCUCAGCUCCCGCCUCCGGCGCUGCGAGCGCGGAGCGGCCCCGUUCAGAGGAACCCCCCCGAACCUGCGGGGCCCCGCGAGGCUCCCCGGGCCCGGCUGUGCCCGGCUCCCGGCCGGCAGGAGCCGCUGCGGGCGCGGCGCGGCGGGGAUGAGCGAGGCGGAGGGCGGCUCGGCCGCCGCCGUGGAGAAGCCGCCGCUGCCCGCGGCCGGGCCCGGGGCGGCCGCGGCGGUCGCUGCCGCUGUUGCAGCCGCGGCGGCGGCGGCGGCGGCCGGCCCGGAGCCCGGCGCGCCGGCGGAGGAGGCGGCGGUGGUGUGGAGCCCGGAGGUGGAGGUGUGCCUGUUCCACGCCAUGCUGGGCCACAAGCCCGUAGGUGUGAAUCGCCAUUUCCACAUGAUUUGUAUCCGGGAUAAAUUCAGCCAGAAUAUCGGACGGCAGAUCUCAUCCAAAGUGAUCUGGGACCAUCUGAGCACCAUGUAUGAUAUGCAGGCUCUUCAUGAAUCUGAGAUUCUUCCAUUCCCUAAUAUAGAGAAGAAUUUUGCUCUUCCUGAUGAAAUGAUUCAAGAAGUGAGAGAAGGAAAAGUAAUGAUGGAAGAAGAAGUGAAAGAGGAAAUUUUAAAAGAAGAGAUGGAAACGCAUGCAGGUCCUGAAGAAGUUUUUGCGCCCUCUGGAAGUUUAGGAAAAACAACUGAAAAGCCAAGCAGCAAAGAGAAAGAGAAAACAACAUCAGAUCCUGGAUCCAAAGAAGGAUCUGAUAAGAGGAAGCGCAACAGAGUCACCGAGAAGGUUCUAAAUGCCAACAGCAACCCCUCGAGUCCCAGCGCCGCCAAACGACGCAGGACGUAGAGCUGAGGAGCAGUGACAAACUCUGGGAUGGGAGGAGGGAGCAGGAAAAACAAGGAGCAGCACAAAGUCGCUACAUAAACUUUUGGCCAGUACUUGAGGAAUCCGCACAUUGGCAUCCUGGGGUGUUCUCUGGGCAGCAGCGAGGAGCUGCCCUCCCGGGGUGUGGGGACAGAGCUGGCACAGGGGAGGGUGACAGCACCAGGGCUGCAUUUCAAACCAGCAACACACUCGGUGUCAGCACAGCUCGUGGAGAGUGCCCCAUGGGGCACAGGGCCUCGGACCAUCAAAAGCAGAGGUGAUUUCUCUUAACUGUGGGAUUGCUUUUUCUGCUUUUGCUGCCUGUGAGUAUUACAGGCCAUCUGUGGGUAAUGUUUGGCCAUUUCCCUUCCAUUUGUAUCAAAUGCCUCAAUUUGUUGGUUCAGUAAAACUAAAAUUCUUUAAAAUGCGGAUGCAUUUUAAGUAUUCUGUCACUGUCUUUGCUGGAGGAACCUCAUUUCACCCUUUUUGAUGUAAGAUUUUUCAGCCAUAAGUGAAGUGAAAAUUAUAAUGCCCCUAGCCCAAAUAAUUAUUACGUGUCCUAAAUAAAAUGAUGACACAUGGUUUUAUAAGGGAUCAGCUGAGCUGUGCAUGAACGUGGAGGUGUUGCUUCAUCCAUUUGUAAUACAGUAGUGUAUGACAGUGGCAUUUGUACUUAAUUAUUUAUUUUUCUAAAGCAGUUUUAGUAGAUGUGAAUGAAAUUGGUUUUCCAAAAUGUUCAUUUUGUUCUACGACUGAAGAAUCUUGCUGAUAUUGUAAUGCUUAUCUUUUAUAUGCUAGAACAUUGAGAUUUGAUGAAGUUAUUAUUUUUGUGUUGUCAAAAGAUGGAUUGCAGACAAUGAACACCUGUUAAAUGGUGAAUGAAGCAGGCUGAAAGGGCACUAAAUUUGUUUCACUAUAUUAACUAUCAGUUAAUAAAAAGAAGAACUACUUCUUGAUCUCUCAGUAUUGCCUUCAAGGUGAGGCACUAGGAGUCUUUUUUUGGUUUUAUUCUUAGGUACAUAGUCAAGUUCUUGUCUGCCUAAUUUGGUUCUCUUGUUUUAUACAAAGAAUAAAUUUGACUUGUUUUUAUUUUACUAA